AUGCUGAACUGCCCCACACUGCCUGCACAUACUGGUGACAAGUAGAAGGCAUGAAACAGGGCAAGCUGUUUCAUACUGUACACUAUACUUAAUCUGUCUCUCUGUUGAAGAGAAUUAAAAAAUUGUACUAUUGGUUGAGUUUUAAGAAAGCUAUAUUGUAACUGAAUUUUAGUGUGAUGUGACAUUUCCAUUAUACUGGUGGGUUUAUGAGGCUCUUGAUUUGGGAUUAGAAACAGGUCUGGAUCUUUCUUCACAGUGUUGGAUGAGGAUGCACUCCCAAGUAGUUUCGGUCAGGUCUCCUCCAUCUCCUCCUUCAGCAUUUGUACCUAUCAGUGAUAAAGACAUGACUGAGAUUGAACUGCACGCUGUGGACUCCAUCAGUGACCUGCACCGCACACACCCUGAACAACAGAGCAAAGGUGUCCGACCUCCACGCCCACAACCUCCAUCCAUCAAUGGGAACCUGCAGAUGAUUGACAGGCCAGUUGUCUGUCAAACGGGGUAUCGAAUGAGAAGAUCCCAUUUGAGUCAACUCAGAGAUAUGUGGACUUCCUCCAAGUGGCGCUACUCUUUCACAUGUGUGGCUGUAAUGCUGAUCCUUCUCACCGUCAUUCUCAUCUUUAGCUUUUUAGUCCAGCAGAGCAGAACUCUACACAGGCUAGCUGAGGCUCUGAGGCAAAGGCAAGAAACAACAGAUGAAAUGUCCAUCAUCUUUCAGGAGCUCCAGGCUCUGCGCAGAAACCUGACGGCACUGAAGAUCAGACACUGACCACGCACAAACAUGCACAGACAUCUUGAAUACGGUUGAUGAUCCUGUGUAUGUAAAGCAGUGUACCAGGGCCAGUCCAAAAGCUUGUCAAGAUCAAAAUUCUAUCAACAUGGGAUCUCAAAAAUUACAGACACACUCCACAGGUUGUGACUGACUAUAAAACAAUCUUAAUGACGCAGUGGUAAUGGAGUGUAUGUUUGUGGAUGUGUUACAGAUUGCCAGUUAGAAUCUAGUCUAGUAGACCUUCUUCUAAGCACCAGUUGGAGUAGGUAGUUGGAGACUGAGAUUCAGUAAAGUGGACUACAGCUACAUUUUGAAUUUGAACUCAUUAAGUCUUUUAAACAGCUCCUUAUUAUGUAUUAAAUAACGCUGGAUUUAUUCAGUGUAUCUGCUUUAGUAUACUGAUGAUAAGAGUGACAGCAGAGUUAGUUAAGCACAUAACAUGUUACAAAGCAAGCUCAGUAUGUGCCCAGGAAAUUACUACAGAUUACUCCACAGUCAGAGUUCAAGGAACUGUAUAGAUACAUUUUGUUCUUAAGUUACAAAUUAUGCAAAUGCAGCCUCAAAAUGCACAACAGUGGUUCUUGAGGUCCAAUUUUGUAUCUCAAUGUUCCUCUAACUAAAGAUACAAUGACACAUCAUAUGUAAGCAUUUGUACCUUAAAAUCCCACUUUAGUACUGUUCUGAUAAGUGUGGAGUAUCACUAUAAAAGAACACAUCUAGUAUGUAAGGGGGAAAAAUAAGAAGAAACUGAGAAAAUGAGUUUUAUAGACAUCUGAUAUAAAGGACCAGAUAAUCACCAAAAACUGCUCUGCAACUAACCUUACCAUAUGGACUCUAGCAAAAGCAGUGUGUGAUCAUGAGACCAUCCAAAUUUAUGGUCAUCUCCAGAACGAGUACUGUUUAAGAUCAGGUAAAAUAAGCGCAGGUAAAAAUAGACUCUAGAACAGCACGCUAUCUUAGAGAGAUUUGAUCAAAAUGUGCCAAUAAAUACUAUUGCUUAUUAAAAAGUUGUACAUAUUAUAAAACAAGUACAUAAGGACCAUGUGUUAUUUAGAUCA